AACUGGAGCGUCUGUCUCCUUCCUCGGGUCAGGUAUCAUAAAAGGCCUCAGCGCACAAAAAGCAGUCAAGAUUGGCGACCAUCAUGGACAAUCGCUCCUCCGUAUGCACUGCCUCCGUCCUACUAUUAUCGCUUUCCUUCUGCUUCCUGCCGUCGGCCGGCGCCGCCAGCUCCGCCGCGCUCCUGGAGUAUGAGUGCAACAACGGCACCUCCUACGCCGCGAACAGCACCUACCAGUCCAACGUCCGGAGCCUUCUGGCAACCCUCGCCGCGAACGCCUCCCGCUCGUCGUUCCCGCCGGUGGGCUUCGCCACCGCCGUGGUGGGCGCCAGCCCCAACACGGUGUGGGGCCUGGGGCUCUGCCGCGGCGACACCAACGGCACCGACUGCGCGUCCUGCCUCGCGCUGGCGCCGGAGAUCGCGUUCGGGCAGGGGGACUACUGCAUGGGCGUCAAGGAGGUGUCCAUCUUCUACGACCGCUGCCUGGUCCACUACUCCUUCCGGGACUUCCUGAGCAGCCCGGACAACCGGCUGGUGGAGGCCAGGGACGGCAGCCCGGACAACGUGACCCGCGACGCCGGCCGGUUCGACGCGCUCGUGGUCAGCCUCGUCGGCGCGCUCUCCGACUGGGCGGCGUUCAACACCACGACGAGGUACGCCGUCGGGACCAUGGUCUCCGACCAAGGGUUCACCACCGCGAGCAAAGACGUGGUCCGCAGGAUCACCGGGCUGGUGCAGUGCACGCCGGACCAGGCGCCGGGGCCGUGCCGGGAGUGCCUCCAGGCGCUCGUCGACGAGAUGCCCGCGGCGUUCAACGGCAGCGUUGGGGGCCAUAUCUUGAGGGUCUGGUGCAACCUCAGGUUCGAGGUGUUCGAGUUCUACGACGACAGCCCCAUGCUGCAGCUCGUCGCGCCGCCGCCGGCGCCACCUCCUUCCUCCUCCCCACCCGAGUCUAGGGGCCAGACAGGAGGAAAUGGGACAAGGUGGCGACAAACUGCAGCAACAGUAUCGGCCAUUGUUCUUGGAGUUGCAGUUAUCCUCCUGUCUAUUUUUAUACUUAUUCUAUGGAGAAAUACUAGAACACAACUUUCUUACCAAGAAGAUGACGACCCUGCAUCACUUCUCUUUGACCUGCCAACACUGAGGCAUGCGACGGGCAAUUUUGCCGAAGAGAAUAUGCUUGGACAUGGAGGCUUUGGCGCAGUAUAUAAGGGGGUUUUGCCUCAUGGACAGCAAAUAGCUGUUAAGAGACUGGAUAAAUCUUCAGGGCAGGGUCUAAAGGAGUUGAGGAACGAGCUAAUGUCAGUAGCCAAGCUCCGGCACAACAAUCUCACAAUGCUUCUUGGCGUGUGCAUGGAAGGGCAGGAGAAGUUACUUGUGUACGAGUACCUGCCCAAUAAAAGUCUGGACACCUUUCUUUUUGCACCUGAAAUUGAGAAGCGUUCGUUGUUGCCCUGGGAUACAAGAUAUCGUAUAAUCUAUGGAACGGCACGAGGUCUUUUAUACCUUCACGAGGACUCCCAGAUAAAGAUUAUACAUCGUGAUCUCAAGGCUGGCAACAUUCUUCUUGACAAUGACAUGAACCCGAAGAUCUCAGAUUUUGGCCUAGCAAGGCUCUUCAACAGCGACAGGACAAGUUACAUCACGAGCCAAGUUGUCGGAACAUUAGGAUACAUGGCGCCAGAGUACGUCGUUUUGGGGCAUGUAUCGGUCAAGUUAGACGUCUACAGCUUUGGUGUUCUUAUCCUGGAGAUAAUCACGGGAAAGAAAAAUACCGAGAUGUUUGAAUCAGCAGUCGAAGAGUCCACCACUGUGCUCAGCUUUGUAUGGGAUCAUUGGCAGAAGGAAACACCCCUGGAGAUCAUGGAUCCGUCGUUGGACUGCAAGAACGCCGAGACAGAAGUGCUGAAAUGCAUCCAUCUGGCGCUUCUCUGCGUGCAGGAGAACCCGGCAGACCGACCGACCAUGCUAGACGUCCUCGUGAUGCUACACGGUCAUGCUUCAAGCUUCCCGGAACCAUCCAAGCCGGCAUUCACCUUUGCGUAUGGUGAGUCAAGCUCAGACAGAGAUCUAGACACCAAAAGAGCAGACGCUGUGCCGUCUGUCAACGGGAUGUCAAUAUCAGAGUUCCAGCCUAGAUAGAUUUUUUUGUGCAAUGUAUAGGAUAGGCGAAUGUGUAGUGACGUAGUCUGCAUGGUUCUGCUAUAGUAUUUGUUAUAACAAAGUUUACCCUGUAGUUCACUAUUUUAUUGCAGAGAGUUGCUAAUCUAGUUUUAACCAA